AAUGUAUAUCAAUUCUCCAGAUUCUAGGCAAGGCAAUUGGUGCUGGAGUAGUUCCAGUAAGUGCAGUUCUCGCGGAUAAGGAUAUCAUGCUGUGUAUCAAACCAGGAGAGCAUGGAAGUACAUUUGGUGGAAACCCAUUGGCAAGUGCUGUGGCAGUUGCAUCACUGAAAGUGAUCAAAGAUGAAGGCCUUGUUCAAAGAGCUGCGGAGUUAGGUCAGGAGUUCAGAAAUCAGUUACAAAAGGUUCAGCAGAAAUUUCCGCAUAUUAUCAGGAAAUACGUGGGAGAGGUUUGCUCAAUGCAGUGGACCUAAGCAACAAAGCUCUAUACCCUGCUUCUGCAUAUGAUAUUUGCAUUAAGCUCAAGGAGAGAGGCAUUCUAGCAAAGCCUACGCAUGACACCAUAAUUCGA